AUUGUAAUUUUAACCCAAGUAUCCAUUCAAACCGCAUUGCCGAGGGUAGCUUGGAAAGGAAAACAAAAAGGUGCUUCACCCGAAUUAUAAACCACGCUCGCUUCGACAAAUCUUUUCGUUCGCUACAACACCACCUAUCUCUAUCCUAAGGAGGAAUAAUACAUUAGGUACCCAAACAAUAGACAACAGCAGUUACUACUACAACAACAACCACAACCUAACAUACCUAUAUAUCUAAAAUAAUGGCACCUUUACGCCUUCUCGCUCUCCCGGCUCUGGCAGCCGUCGCUGCCGCCAUCAACGUAGCAGACUACGUCCCGGCCUGCGGCCCGCCGUGUAUCUCCGACGUCGUCGCCAAGCGCACCACCUGCGACGCCAGCGACAACGCCUGCAUCUGCGCCAAGGUCUACACCGUCAAGCGUGACGGCGAGAUCUGCCUCCGAAGGGGCUGCAACGCCAACGACUAUGGUGCUGUUAUGAAGGGUAUCGACGACUUCUGUGCCGCCGUCUCCGCCAACCCUCAGCCCACCACCACUCCGGAGCCUACCACUACUCCCGAGCAGCCCAAGCCCACUACCAGCUCUGCCCCCGGCUACCCCACGGAGCCGGAGCCCACCACCUCGGAGACCCCUAAGCCCUCUACUUCCGAGCAGCCCAGCUCGACCCAGGGCUACCCAACCGCGUCUCCCUCCAGCUCCACCACCAGCGCGGCAGCCCCCAGCUCCAGCUCCGGCUCCAGCUCCACCGCGGGUUACCCUACCGUGUCUCCUUCGUCUUCCAGCUCGAAGGCCGAGACUCCCUCUUCUUCCACUUCUGCUGCUUCUUCUCCCUCAUCCACUUCCAAGACCGGCUACCCCACCGUGUCCACCGGCACCGGCAGCCCUUCCACCCCCGUUCCCCCAGGAUCCAGCUCUCCCGCUACCACCGGCCCCCAGGUCCCCACGGGUCCUUCUUCCGUCCCCCAGGGCUACCCCUCCAGCAGCAGCGCCCCCUCGGGCAGCGCGACCGCGACCCCCGUCGCCCCCGGUGCCGGCGCUCACGUCGAGGCUCGCCUCGGCGCCAGCUUCGCUGCUCUCGUCGUCGCCAGCGGAAUCAUGUACUUUGCUUUCUAAGUUCCUUGUUUUUUUUUUGUUUUUUUUUUCUAUUUUAACGAACGAGUUCGCGCUGCGAGCUGUUGUUGGUGCUGGUGUGUUUUUUCCCCUGCAUUAUGGGAAAGCAAAUGCAUGCGAUUAGCUUAUUAAUGCCCUGUGGAUAGAAAAUGGGAAAUGGCCUUUUUUUUAUAUAUAUAUGUACCUAACAUAUC